AUGUUUGGUCUUUACGGCGGCAAGUCUUUCGAGCCCGAGAAGGACAUUUCCGACCUUUCGGGCAAGGUCAUCAUUGUCACCGGAGGAAACACUGGUCUGGGCAAAGAAUCCGUCCUGCAGUUUGCAAAGCACAACCCUUCCCAGAUCUACCUUGCAGCACGCACGGAAUCAAAGGCCAGAUCUGCAAUCGAGGAGAUCAAGUCGCAGGUCCCCAAUGCCAAAGUCGAAUUCCUAUCGUUGGAUUUGACGGACUUUGAGUCUGUCAAGGCUGCCGCAGACACCUUCAAGGAAAAGGAACAAAGACUGGACAUUCUGCUGAACAAUGCCGGCAUCAUGGCAGUACCCUACAGCACCACCAAGCAAGGCUAUGAGAUUCAGUUCGGCACUAAUCACAUGGGGCAUGCACUUUUGACCAAACUGCUGCUUCCUGUACUUCUCAAAACUGCCGAAGAACCCAACUCUGAUGUCAGAGUUGUUUCUCUGUCUAGCGAAGGACAUCAACUUGCACCGCAGAGCACUGGAAUCAUCUACGAUCAAGCCGCCGCCGAAAAGAACGGUACCUGGGCACGUUACGGCAGCGCAAAGCUGGCCAACAUUCUUCACUCUCGCGGCUUGACUGCUCAUUACCCUUCCAUCACCGCUGUUGCCGUUCAUCCGGGUGUCAUCAAGACUGAUCUCUUCGCUACCACGCAGCGUGACAACAUGCUUAUAAGAUAUGGUAUCGCUGCCGUCGGUGGAUUGUUCAUGCAGACUGUGCCUCAGGGAGCAAGAAACCAGCUCUGGGCAUGCACGGCGAACAAGGAGGAGGUCAGGAAGGGUUACUACUUCAAGCCGGUUGGCUCUUCGGGUAGUGGUACUGCGUGGGCCAAGAGUGAUAAGAAGGUCGAAGAGCUCUGGGAGUGGACGGAGACAGAGUUGGCCAAGCAUGGCUACUGA